GGUCAGGUGGCAGAGUGCACUUUCAGGCUAGAUUUAAACAGUUGGAUAAGUUUGAGUCCAUGAAGACACAGCAACCUGAUAUUAUCAUACUGCAAAGGGAAUCAGUAGAGGCACCUUUGGGCUCUUAUAUGCCACAGGCUAUUCCGGAAUUUAAUGAACUGAUGUCAGAGUUUCUGAGUGACUUGCAGCCUGCAAGUGCUAUGCCUUGGAAGCAUUUCGCAUGGAAGAAAAAGAAGCGCUGGUCUUCUAAUAAAACAAAAAGAAGCUUUUUCAAGAAAAGAAGUUCAAGGUUUGUACAAGGCGUGGAAAGAAGAGUAAAGUCAAGGCCCGCAGACAGACGGGAUUCUGACUCACAGAAAUUUGAUAAAAGUGCCCGGAUUAAUUUGUCAAGAAGAGUGAAGAGAAGCUUUUCUUCCCGUAAAAAAGAAAAUAGUUUGGAAGAUGCGCUGCCGAACAUGCUAAAAACAAAGGAGCAGAAAGUAAGAGAGAGCAGACAAACGGGGACAUUUCGAAAGAGAAGAGCAGCGGAAGCUGCAGAAAAACAACUUGUCAAAACUGACCAUCUCACACUUACAGCUUUAAAUACACAACAGAAACUAUCAGAAAUGGUGGCCCGGCUGUCAGACCCCUCCAAUGACAUGACGCAGGAGGAGAAGCUUUCCUACAUGCGCGAACUCCUGAAUGAGCUGCAGCUCUUCAUUCAGAUGCUGCAGCAGCAAAUCCUGAUGCAGUCGCUCAGCGAGGUUCAGGACCUGACCACUCCGCUGACCGGAGGCCUCUCCAGCCGCUUGGAGCGAAGUUAGGGAAGCAGUGGGCUGCAGCGUCCUCAUUUCCAGAAACUUGUCAACAGUUGUUUUAUUAAAACCUUGCCAUUGUGGUAUUUAUCAAGAA